CAUUUGGCACCCUGACUGUGGCGCUGGCCCUUUAAAGCAGAUCAGGGUCUGGCGUUGAGGGAAAAAAAAAUUACCAGAUUUCUGCUGUCUGCUUACAUGCCUGGCCUUGGGAGGGAAGGGGGGGUCACUUCAGCCCCCAAUAGGGGCAUUGGAAGGGCAGGUGGAGCCAGUAGCAUUGAUUGCAGUAACCUGAUCCCGCGGGGGAGGCGACGACAUCGUUGCGCGUCGGGCUGCCAAGGGAGGAAGCUGCCCGCAUCUGAGGGUUGGGCCAGGAAGAGUUGGGGCUGGGGCCUGGGUCGGCAGCUGCGGCCUCCUCUCUGGCCCAUCUAUUUUUAAUGAGCUCCCCGGGCUUCUGCAGCCGGCAGGAUGCAGAAAGGCAGGCCCUGUUGGUGGAGGCCAGAAGUCCGAGCCCUGCCUUGAGCUCUGGCCCCCCUACCCCUCUGGGCAUGAGAGGGCAGUCCUGGAGACCGGCAGCCCCCUGGCCGGGCAGGGCUCUCCAUGCAGCUGGUACUGAAGAUGGAUUCGAGCCCAGACAAUGACAGCUGGUUGGAGGAUCAGUGGGAGCACUGGCUCACCCAUGACAUCAGCCUGGAGGAGUUUGAGGAUGAAGACCUUUCAGAGAUCACUGAUGAGUGUGGCAUCAGCCUGCAGUGCAAAGACACCUUGUCUCUCCUGCCCCCGCGCGCCGGGCUGCUGUCUGCGGGUAGCAGCGGCAGCGCGGGGAGCCGGCUGCAGGCGGAGAUGCUGCAGAUGGACCUGAUCGACGCGGCAGGUGACACUCCGGGCGCCGAAGACGACGAGGAGGAGGAGGACGACGAGCUCGCUGCCCAACGGCCAGGAGUGGGGCCUCCCAAAGCAGAGUCCGGCCAGGAUCCGGCGCCUCGCAGCCAGGGCCAGGGCCCUGGCACUGGCAGCGGAGACACCUACCGGCCCAAGAGGCCUACCACGCUCAACCUUUUCCCGCAGGUGCCGCGGUCUCAGGACACGCUGAAUAAUAACUCUUUAGGCAAAAAGCACAGUUGGCAGGACCGUGUGUCUCGAUCAUCCUCCCCUCUGAAGACUGGGGAGCAGACACCUCCACAUGAACACAUCUGCCUGAGUGAUGAGCUGCCACCCCAGGGCAGUCCUGUUCCCACCCAGGAUCGCGGCACUUCCACCGACAGCCCUUGUCGCCGAAGUGCAGCCACCCAGAUGGCACCUCCAAGUGGCCCCGCUGCCACUGCGCCUGGUGGCCGGGGUCACUCCCAUCGCGACCGAAUCCACUAUCAGGCAGAUGUGCGGCUCGAGGCAACUGAGGAGAUCUACCUGACCCCAGUGCAAAGGCCUCCAGACCCUGCAGAACCCACCUCCACCUUCUUGCCACCUGCUGAGAGCCGGAUGUCAGUUAGCUCGGAUCCAGACCCCGCUGCUUACUCUGUAACUUCAGGGCGGCCACAUCCCUCCAUCAGUGAAGAGGAUGAGGGCUUCGACUGCCUGUCAUCCCCAGAGCGAGCUGAGCCACCAGGUGGAGGGUGGCGGGGAAGCCUUGGGGAGCCACCGCCGCCUCCGCGGGCCUCACUGAGCUCGGACACCAGCGCACUGUCCUACGACUCGGUCAAGUACACACUGGUGGUGGAUGAGCAUGCGCAACUUGAGUUGGUGAGUCUGCGGCCAUGCUUUGGAGAUUACAGUGAUGAAAGCGACUCUGCCACUGUCUAUGACAACUGUGCCUCUGCCUCCUCGCCCUACGAGUCAGCCAUUGGUGAGGAAUAUGAGGAGGCCCCUCAACCCCGGCCUCCCACCUGCCUCUCAGAGGACUCCACACCAGAUGAGCCUGAUGUCCACUUCUCUAAGAAGUUUCUGAAUGUCUUCAUGAGUGGCCGCUCUCGUUCCUCCAGUGCCGAGUCCUUUGGGCUGUUCUCCUGUGUCAUCAAUGGGGAGGAGCAUGAGCAAACCCAUCGGGCUAUAUUCAGGUUCGUGCCUCGACAUGAAGAUGAGCUUGAGCUGGAAGUGGACGACCCUCUGCUGGUGGAGCUGCAGGCAGAAGACUAUUGGUACGAGGCCUAUAACAUGCGCACUGGAGCCCGGGGUGUCUUCCCUGCCUACUAUGCCAUUGAGGUCACCAAGGAGCCUGAGCACAUGGCAGCCCUUGCCAAAAACAGCGACUGGAUUGACCAGUUCCGGGUGAAGUUCCUGGGCUCUGUCCAGGUUCCUUAUCACAAGGGCAAUGAUGUCCUCUGUGCUGCUAUGCAAAAGAUCGCCACCACCCGACGGCUUACCGUGCACUUUAACCCGCCCUCCAGCUGUGUCCUUGAGAUCAGCGUUAGGGGUGUCAAGAUAGGUGUCAAGGCUGAUGAUGCUGUGGAGGCCAAGGGAAAUAAAUGUAGCCACUUUUUCCAGCUAAAAAACAUCUCUUUCUGUGGAUACCAUCCAAAGAACAACAAGUACUUUGGGUUUAUCACUAAGCACCCUGCUGACCACCGGUUUGCCUGCCAUGUCUUUGUGUCUGAAGAUUCCACCAAAGCCCUGGCAGAGUCUGUGGGGCGUGCGUUUCAGCAGUUCUACAAGCAGUUUGUGGAGUAUACCUGUCCUACAGAAGAUAUCUACUUGGAGUAGCAGCAUCCCCACUCUCUGCAGCCCCUCAGCCCCAGGCCAGUACGAGGACAGCUGGCUGCUGACAGGAUGUGGUACUGCCACAAGAGAAUGGGGGAGUGAGGGCUGUUGGGUCGGGGGUGGCAGGGAUUUGGGGAGAGGCAGAUGCAGUUUAUUGUAAUAUAUGGGGUUAGAUUAAUCUAUGGAGGAUAGUUACAGGCUCUCUGGGGACUGGGGAAGGGUGGGGCUGGGGGUGGGGGUCGGGCCUCUGGCCACAAAGGGAUCCCCUAGGAACAGAGGUACUGUCUCAUCCUGGGCCUUGUUUCAUGCUAGGGGCCCUGGCUUUCUGGCUCUUGGCUCCUGCCUUGACAAAGCCCAUGCCCAUGCCACCUGGAAGUAUCCACCUUCCCUUGUCCCCACCUCAACCAGAGCCCUGAGCUCAGGCUGAGCCCAAGCACCUCCGAAGGACUUUCCAGUAAGGAAAUGGCAACGUGUGGCAGUGAAGACCGUGUUCUCAUCUGUGGGGCCUCCAGGCAGCUCCAACCUCCAGCCUGGCUAGCACGCUGGUCCUGGCAAGCUUGUGUGUGCAAGGAAGGAGAGGGCCACGGCGAGCCCUGCCUUCCAGGGAAAGGUGGCCUCUCAGCUGGCCCCAGCCAGCCGGUCACUGUCUUGUUACCUGGCUACUACUAUUAAAGUGCCAUUUCUUGUCUGGA